AGGACUCUUGGUAUUAUGAUAAAGUAAGAAAGAAAAAAAUUUUCGUAAAUUGCAAUUUUAAGUUUUUCGAUCCGUCAGACAGAUGUAACAAUAAUCAGAUGACAGAUUUUCAUAGGUCGAAACACUCAACCGGUAAAAAGGGGUAAUAACCUUGUUGUUGAUUUUAAUGUUUUUUUUUUUUCUUUUUUAAAAAAAGAAAACUAAAAUGCCAAAUAAAAUUUCCAAAGUCUUUUAUGGAACAUUAAUUCAUUCAUUAUCUCUUGCCAAUCUUGAAAUCCUACAAAAUACUUUAUUAGGAGUAGAUAUUUCUGGAAAGAUAGCUUUCUUAGAAAAAAAUGUUUUAGACGAAAUAACUUUGAAUCAUAUUAUUUCUCAAUGGGAAUUUCCUGAACAAGAGGUUAUUAGAUUGAGUAAAAGACAAUUUCUUAUGCCUGGAUUUAUUGAUACUCAUACACAUGCAUCACAAUAUCCAAAUGCAGGAACUGGUAUGGAUUUACCACUACUUGAUUGGUUGAAAAAAUAUACAUUUCCGCUUGAACAGUCAUACUCAUCAUUAUCGUUUGCUGAGAAAGUUUAUCCAAUAGUAGUAAAUAAUUUAUUGCGCAGUGGAACGACAACAGCUGUUUACUUUACAACAAUUCAUCUUGAAUCAAGUAAAUAUUUAGCCAGAUUAGUAAAAGAAAAAGGACAGAGAGGGUUUAUUGGAAAAGUUAAUAUGGAUUGUAAUUCACCGGAGAAUUAUAUUGAGUCAUUAGACAAUAGUGUUAAAUCAACUGAAGAAUUUAUAAAAUAUGUGUUAAAUUUAGAAAAAGAUGAAGGAAGAGAAAAUGGAUCGAGACUCGUUUAUCCAAUAAUUACACCUAGAUUUGCAAUCACAUGUACAUCACAACUUAUGAAUUCACUUGGAUUAUUAGCAAAAAAAUAUAAUAUGCCAAUUCAAUCACAUUUAUCAGAAAAUAUAGGAGAAAUAAAUUUUAUUUCAGAAAUAUUUCCACAUCUACCAGAUUAUACAACAGUAUAUGAUCAUCAUGGAUUAUUAAAUGAAAAAACGAUUAUGGCUCAUGGAAUACACUUAUCGUCAAAAGAACUUAAAUUAAUUAAAGAACGUAAUAUUGGUAUAUCACAUUGUCCUACUUCAAAUUUUGCUAUAUGUUCAGGUGUAUGUAACGUUAGACAAUUAUUAGAUGAAGGUAUUAAAGUUGGUUUGGGUACAGAUUUAAGUGGCGGCUAUUCAAAAUCUAUUUUAAAUGCUAUAAGAAAUGCAAACAUAGCAAGUCGCGUUGUAUUUAUGGCUUCUUCAAAAGUUGAUGAUAAACCUUUGAAUAAAUCUUUUCCGCACCUUACUUUACCUGAAUUAACUUAUUUAGCUACAAUGGGAGGUGCUGAAUUGGUCAAUCUUGAUAAGGUUAUCGGAAAUUUUUUAAUUGGUAAAGAAUUUGAUGCUUUAUUAAUUGAUCCUGAUGCUUGUCAAUCUCCCUUAGAUAUUUUUGAUGAUUUAGAAGAUACUGAAAGAAUUUUUGAAAAAUUUAUAUUUCUUGGUGAUGAAAGGAAUCUUAAAUCUGUUUAUGUUAAAGGAAAGAAAGUAUCUGGAACUGAUCUGGUAAGUAUGAAUUUACGUGAAAAAGAAUUAUUAAAAAAUUUAAGUAAAUUGGAUGGUGGAAAUUGUCAUUUGUGUAAUCCAAAUUCAUAAUAGAAAAGAGCUGUGUGGUAUUACAAUAUUACUUGGCAAAUUAUAGUAUUAUAACAUUAUUUAAUAAUUAUGUAAUAAAUUUCCGCUCGCUUAUGUUUCGGUUCAUUAUAGAGUUUAUGUCUACAAGGUGAUAACUAAAAAAGAAGUCAAUGUUUAUUUUAAUUAACAAUAUCAGAUAUUAACAC